AUGGAGUCUGGCGAUGCAGAUAUUCCUACAUACCAGCCCGUUGGUAAUGUUCAGGUGUCCCCAAAUUCUGGAAGGAGGACAUUUAUUCCAGAUGUUGAUGAUUUGAUUAAACCUCAGAUGCAUAUGACGUUUGAUUCGCUGGAAAAUGCUUUUCGUUUUUACCAAAGAUAUGCUAAGGCGGGAGGUUUCACAGCUAGGAAGGGUACUCAAUAUGAGCCUCGAAAGGGUGUAAUACAUAAUAAAUGGUUCGUAUGCUCAAAAGAGGGUACUAAACCCUUAAAGGCGAUUGACUCGACUCAGGAAGCUGGUAGUUCUAAUGUUAACUCGAAGUCUAAGAUUACUCGCAGGGUUCCUUCUAUAAGGACCGGAUGUGAAGCGUGCAUUCGGGUUAAGUUAAUAGCCCCGGAUAAUCUUUACGUGGUUUAUUACUUCGAGGAGUCGCAUAAUCACUCAUUUGUUGCUGAAGAUGACAGGUACUUGCUUCCUGAAAACAGAUCUAUGAAUUACGUACAGGAAGAAGCCGUGAAUGCUUUGAGUGCCAUAAACGUUGGUCCAGUUAGAGCGUUUAACAUUAUGAGGACUCUUUAUGGAGGUUUCGCUAAGGUAGGCGCAACUAAAGGUGACUUCAAGAACUUCAAGAGAGACUUAAAUAGGUAUAUAGCUGAGUACGAUGCUGACAUGGUUAUCAAACGCCUAAGAAGGAAGAAAGAAUUUAUGCCCAAUUUCUCUAUGGAAUACCUUACAACUGCCGAGGGCGUUUUACGUGCGUUGUUCUGGGCCGAUGGUGAUACAAAGAGAAAUUUUAAUAUUUUUGGGGAUGUUGUGUCGUUCGAUGCUACUUAUCGUCGUAACAAGUACAAUAUGAUGUUUGUACCUUUUACCGGCGUUGACAAUCACUAUCGUAAUGUUACCUUGGGUGCUGCUAUUAUAGAGGAUGAAACUGCCGAAACAUAUAGAUGGUUGCUCAACGCAUUUCGGCAGGCGUUUGGGCGCGCACCACCUGUGAUUGUAACUGAUCAAGACCCAGCGAUGAGGAAAGCUAUUCAAGAUACUUGGCCUGAAAGUAGGCACAGGCUUUGCAUGUGGCAUAUAAUGGAGAAACUCACUACCAAGGUUGGCGCCAACCUAUGCAAUAGCACUGAUUUUAAGAAGAGGUUGUGUGAUAUUGUUUGGACCGAUGCCUUACUGCCAGAACAGUUUGAAAAUGAAUGGGGUGUUAUAUUGGCUGAUUUUGAUUUGCUGAAUCAUGAAUGGUUACAGUCAAUUUAUCAGAUUAGGGAUACAUGGAUCCCUGCGUACUAUCGUGAUCAACACAUGUCUGGGCUGAUGCGUACCUCAUCACGUUCGGAGAGCGAGAACCAUUUCUUUGGGCAGUUUUGCAACCCGAAUUGUACCCUUGUUGAAUUCUUGGGGCAUUUUGAUUCUGCAAUUGAAGCCCAAAGACACGAGCACAGGAAGAAUGAUCACGAUACUAGGCACACGAACCCCCAAAUAUUUGCAAAAGAGUUUGUCUUAGAGCAACAGGCGGCAAACAUAUACACACGGACAAUUUUCUUUGAUGCGCAACUUGAAAUUCAGACAGCCAUUCACAAGUGUGCUCUUGGAAAAUGGGAUGAUAGAGAGGAUAACUUUGUGAACUUCUCUGUGAAGGACUUUUCUCAAGCGUGUACUACAUUUUUUCAUGUUAUGAUGCGGCAGCUAGACAUGACCGUUAGUUGCUCAUGCAAUAGGCAGUUCUCUGAAAGGUACAUAAUGCGACGGUGGACCAGGGAAGCUGUUCCUAAUAGUGCACCGGGAGCGAUAUUGGGGAUUAGUGAAAGUGAUGAUCGGUACCAGCAAGUUAAUGGUGUUGUAAGGGAGAUAACAAGGUCAGCCGAGUCUCUUAUUAACAGAAUGAAGAGUAAUCGUGAAAUUGCCAUUAUUCAAUCUGCGAAGAAAAAAAAGGGUCGCGAAUGUGGCAAUUGCAAACGUCGGGGGCAUAAUAGACGUACCUGCUCGUACCCGGCAAGGGAAAAUGCCGACGACUCCUCAGAAAGUAACGAAGCGGAUCUUGAAGGAGACGACGAAGAGGAGCUAGAAGAUGUGGCGGGUGAAGGAGACGACGAAGAGGAGCUAGAAGAUGAAGAGCAAGAGUAG